GAACGGUCCCUUAUUUCCGUACCUUUGAAAAACUGAAAUACUAUAGGCUACAUUUCAACAGUUGAAGUAAACUAUGAUGGCAUACCACUGGUAUUCUAAAGUAAGAAUGUAGUUCCUUGGGGAAAUAUGUACAAAUUCCCAUUGAUUCGCAUCGACUCUUCAACAUUUGGGACAUCAUCAGAAAGCACUAAAGCAUCCACAUUACUAUGCAGUUCACUUACAACUGACGACUAUGAGCUGGGUCAUCGUGCCUUCAACUCCACAGUACACCGGUAUUGUCACACUGCCCAGAGUGAAAGCACCACCCACUAGGUAGUCUCACUGCAGUUGUGAACCACUGAAUAAUUUCUCACCGGGAAUCAUAGAAGCGACCCCCAAGCAACUAGCAAUUCACAUUACUCGAGACAAAACAUUUCGAGACUUAAAAAACGUUGAUUAGCCUGAACUAUAAACGGUUUUCAGAUUUCAUUAUUGUGUUUCGUAAUAAUCCUAUGUAAAUUAAUGUGUUCUUCACACCAGUUCUAUAAUUGUCAGUAAGGUCAGUAAACGUGAACUGUUCCAGUGAAAGAAAAACAUGCGCAGUUCAUGGUCCUUGUACUAAACUACUGGCUGGUCAGUUUGCUUUCACAAGGUGUCCGCAAUAUGAAAAAAAAUCUUCGCAACCAAUAAGCACAUCCAAAUGCAUUUCGGCUUGUGAUGAUCGGCUGAAAUGUAACCGCGAAGCCAUGUAUGCACAUGCAACUAACAGCCAAUAUGCUUUAACUAACUGUUAUGUGGGCUCGAUAUCACUGGGUCAGCGUGAUCUGCUAUUUCUACGAAAGGCCUCGCUUUCCUGGAAUUGUCAGUGACUGUCAGAGGUGUCGCCGGGGUUGAAACUUUAUUGAAUCAAUGUUGCCUGUUUCCAGUGGGUGUAUUCUACAAUUGUGGAAAUUGCUCUGGGACCUUGUUGCUCCCUCUUGGAUUUUGAGAUGAACUAGACAUACUUCGCCCACUGUAGGUACCAUCUCCUUAGCUCCAGGUACACCAGAGAUGGCAGACCCAGAAGCUGUCACAGAGGUGGAAGCCAGCAGGCAAGGAGGUGAUCAGAGUCAUACCGUAACGGACCGUGAUGUAUCACAUGACAUGGUCAUGGUAGUCGGUAGGGAGGUCGCACUAAAUGGGGCAACUGCUGGUGCACAUGAUCGAGUAGCAUCAAUACAAACCUUUGGCCCACCGGAAAUCAACGACCCAGGUAUUCUGGAAGCGAUGGAACAACUUUCACUGUCAUCGAUUCCUGAAGGUGCACGCCCUGAGAACGUGAACGUCGUAAACCUUAUUCGAAAAAUGAAGGUUUCACAAGGAACCUCCCUCGGUGAUGUCGAUGAUAUUCCAGAUAUGGUCAAAAAGAAAAUGAAGUUGGCGAAAGACAUUUUUGUGAAAACAGAAGCUUAUAGAAAUGUCUAUGAUGCUCUGGAAAACGACGGACAUGUGCUUAUUUCUGGAUCACCUGGGUCAGGUAAAACAACAAUGGCACUUUACAUCAUGGGCAAAUACCGACGAAAGAAGUACUACGUGAAAUAUGUAGAUGAUGUAGCGCAUUUCAAAGUUGAACGUCAUGUUAAUCUCAAAGUUCCAACGCUGCUUGUUUUAGAUGAUGUGUUUGGUCGCUUUGCUCCUACCUCCGAAGUCAAAGUUCAUUGUACAAAGAUAUUGGAUUACUUAGAGACACAUUUCAAAUGCUUGGAGGAAAAGAGGAAGAAAAGACAAAAUGAUGAUGAAAGUAAAGAUGACAAGGCAUCUGCAACUCCUGAAACCUCUCUAAAGGUUAUCAUGAGCAGUAGGACAAACAUAUCCAGGCAUCAACUUGUCUCUACUAUGUUAAGGAAAUACAAAACAUCCUUGUUCAGACCAAGCACUAUAGCUGAUCUCACAAUAUCUGAGCUGAAAGAACAUGAGAAAGAAUCGAUUCUUCGAAAACAUUUGCCCAAAGCGAGAUUUGAUCUCAAUGAACAUGAAAUAAAACACAUUGCAAGUUUGGAAUAUAAGACACUUGGCUUUCCAUAUAUCUGUCAGUUGUUUGCAGACGGUUGUUCGUCAAAGGAUCAAGCUGUGGAUUUUUUCACGGAGCCCUGGACAUAUCUGCAUGACUUGAUAAGCGACAUAUUCACAUCAGAUGAUCCCAACUACAGAGCUGCAGUGCUACUGCUUAUGGUUCUCAAUGAUGGGACACUGAAUUUGAUUCAUCUCCAACAGGCUCGUAAGAAAGGAGGGAAUGUUGAACUUCGGGAAAAGAUAGAAACAGUUGAGGAGAUACUUCCAGAUGUUGGUCAUGCACAUCGUCUAAAUGAAGCUGCGAGAAACGAGAAUCGAACUCUUUUGUUGUCCGAAGGCGACAGGAUGACAUUUAGCCAUCCCACUAUCUACGAUGUUGUCGCGUUUGUUGUAGGGGACAUGCAUCCCGACUUUAUCCUUCAAAACUGCAGUCUCAAAUUUUUAAUUGAAAGGACAAAAGUUUCAGAGGAUUCCAUCUCAGAGGAUCCAAGUGGUGGUAAUAUGCACAGCUUCAUGAUACAACUUACACAAGAAGAUGCAGGUGUUGCACUGGUGGGGAGACUAGCAAGGGAGAUCGUUGAUGGGAAUAUUGCUCUUCCAUUGUCACAUCAAUGUUUCACUCUGGAAUAUAUGGCCACAUGUCUCUUUUCAAAACUCUUGAGUCAUGGCAACAUUGAACAAUAUUUGCAUUCUCGAGGUAAAGAUCAUGGAAUGGGAUUCUUGUACUGGUCAUCUUACUCCAGCACUGCUCCUGUAAGCAAACUUUCAUUUGAGCAUACAACAUUUUCUCUUCCUGAAAUCCUUGAAGGUUAUCUUGGUUGUUGCCUGAGCGGAAACGUGUCUUCAUUACUGAUACUCAUUGAAAACUCAAAGGAUAGAUUGCACGAAGUUGCCUCCAUUACUGUUGGAGACAUCCUUGGUAUCACACAAGAAACAAGACCGUUAGUUCGAACCUUAUCAACAGCAUGCAGCCCGACCAAAACAGAAGUGCCACCUGAAAUUGAAACACCUCGAUCGCAUGGUGACAACAAAGAUCAGUUGAUCCACAUAGCAACUGCAUAUGGAUUCACCGCAAUUGUAGAACUGCUUCUUGACCGUGUUGGUGUACAUAUUGAUGUUCGAGGAGGAAAUGACAUGACUGCUAUUAUGUAUGCUUGCUACCUUGGACACAAGGAGUUAGCAGAACUCCUACUUCAAAGACAGGCUGACCCAGAACUGCUUGAUGAAGAAGGUGAUAACUGUCUUCAUCUUGCAUGUCGAGGAGGAUCCAUAGAUAUUGUAAAACUCCUUCUAGAUAAAACCAUGGAUAUCGACAAACAUGGGGAGCAUGCACGAACACCUUUAAUGUAUGCCUCAUACAAUGGUCAUGGGGAUCUUGUGAGUUUUCUACUGGCCAACGGAGCAAAUGCCGUACCAGAUGUAUCUGCUAUAAAACGAAAAGACAAUUGUCUCCACCUUGCUUGUGUGAAAGGUGAAACAGAAGUAGUACGAAUCCUUCUUGACCAAGGUGGUAUGGAGAUUGAAGUGAUAGGUCAAAGAGGAAGAACACCACUGAUGUAUGCUUGCAGACAUGGAUGGUUAGCGACUGCCAAAGAACUUGUGGCCCGGAAUGCCAAAGUAAAUGUACUGGACGAAGGCAGUAUGAACUGUUUACAUCUUACAGCCAUCAAAGGAAAUAUACCAGUUGCAGAGUGGCUCCUUGGUUUGAAUGUAGGACUCACUGUUGACUGUGUUAAUGCUGGUGGAAGAACACCUUUGAUGUUAGCAAUGAAACAUGGUCACACGGAAAUGGCUGACUUUCUUAUGACAAAAGGUGCAAACAUUGCAAUCACAGAUGAUAUGAAAACAACAUGUUUACACAUGGCAGCGAUGUCAGGGAUGUCGAAUCUGUUGGAAGUGUGUCUUCAAAACAGUGAUGUCAACUCGCUAACAGAGUCAGGCUGGACACCGGUCAUGGGGGCAUGUAAAGGAGGCCAGGUAGAUCUUGUCAAAGAAUUGGUUAAGAGAGGAGCCGAUGUCAAUCUUGGAGGCGGAUGCUUAUAUGUCGCAUGCAACGAGAACUCUCUUGAUUUGAUCAAAUAUCUUGUGUCCCAUUGCCAAGAUAUAGAUAUCAAUAAUCGUGGACCAAAGGAGAGAACAGCUCUUAUGGCAGCCUGUUUUCACGGGAACAUUGAAAUUGUUGAGUAUUUGCUGUCUUGCGGUGCAGAUAUGACAUGUACAGAUGAAUACAAACAAACGUGUCUCCAUGUAGUAUGCAGGAGUGUCAACUUGCAGCUUGCAGAAAAGUUGGUACGAUUGGUGCCUGUUGAUGACCCAGAUGAAAACGGUUUCACACCUCUCAUGUAUGCAGUGAGGUCAGACUCCCCUGAGUUGAUAGAUCUACUCAUAACAAAUGGUGCAAACAUUAACACAAAAGACAGCCGUGGAAGCACCUAUCUCCAUUCAGCUUGCUGGCGUCGAAAUGUUAAUGCUUGUGCUAAACUACUUGAGCUGGGCAUGGAUGUGGAUGUUCUGGAUUCUGGCAACAUAACUCCCCUUAUGGGUCUUGCAAGGAACGAGGAAGACUGCACAGAAGUUGCAAAGUUUUUAGUUGAAAGAGGAGCAAAUAUUGAUGUGAGAGAUAAGGAUGGUAAUACCAUGUUGCACGUUUCAGCUAAAUCGGAUGGUCAUCCAGCCUUUGCAAAGUAUCUUCUAGAGAAAGGUGUGGAUGUCAAUGUACGAGGAGCUUACAAUCACACUCCCGUGAUGUCUGCAUGCAGAAGUGGAAAUACAGCAGCCUUUGACUUAUACCUAGCCAAAGGAGCCCAGCUGCACCACAGAAAUAAUCAUGGAGCAACCUGUCUACAUCUGGUAUGCAUGGUUGACACCGAUAAUACGUACAUUGUUAAGGAACUACUUGAUCGUGACGUUGACAUCAAUGCAAUAGACGAAUAUAAGAAAACACCAGCUAUGUUUGCCAUUAGUAAAAGCAACGUCACCAUCUUGCGACUCUUACUGGCACGGAAUGCAUCGAUCAUUGCAUAUGAUAAAAGAGGUAAUCGGUCUACUUUGCUGCAUUAUGCAUGUAGUAUUAAAGACAUCAAGACAGAGAAAAUACAGUUACUUCUUCAAGAAGGUCUGCGCGUGAAUGAAACUAACAUGUACUACUAUCAGACGCCUCUGAUGAUUGCUGCAAGACAAGGAAAUAGGGCUGCUGUAGACCUGUUGCUACAGUCAAGAGCUGAUAUAAACGCAGUUGAUAGGAAUGGCAGAAAUUGUGUCGACCAUGCUGAAAGCCAAGGCCAUCGUGAGUUGGCUGGAUACCUAGCAAAUCGGUCAAGAAGAAGAUACCAUAGGUUUGUAGGUACCACCUCCUUACUUAAAGGUACACCAGAGAUGGCAGACCCAGAAGCUGUCACAGAGGUGGAAGCCAGCAGGCAUGAAGGUGGUCAGGUAUUCUGGAAGCGAUGGAACAACUUUCACUGUCAUCGAUUCCUGAAGAUAUGGUCAAAAAGAAAAAUGAAGUUGGCGAAAGACAUUUUUGUGAAAACAGAAGCUUAUAGAAAUGUCUAUGAUGCUCUGGAAAACGACGGACAUGUGCUUAUUUCUGGAUCACCUGGGUCAGGUAAAACAACAAUGGCACUUUACAUCAUGGGCAAAUACCGACGAAAGAAGUACUACGUGAAAUAUGUAGAUGAUGUAGCGCAUUUCAAAGUUGAACGUCAUACUAAUCUCAAAGUUCCAACGCUGCUAGUAUUAGAUGAUGUGUUUGGUCGCUUUGCUCCUACCUCCGAAGUCAAAGUUCAUUGUACAAAGAUAUUGGAUUACUUAGAGACACAUUUCAAAUGCUUGGAGGAAAAGAGGAAGAAAAGACAAAAUGAUGAUGAAAGUAAAGAUGACAAGGCAUCUGCAACUCCUGAAACCUCUCUAAAGGUUAUCAUGAGCAGUAGGACAAACAUAUCCAGGCAUCAACUUGUCUCUACUAUGUUAAGGAAAUACAAAACAUCCUUGUUCAGACCAAGCACUAUAGCUGAUCUCACAAUAUCUGAGCUGAAAGAACAUGAGAAAGAAUCGAUUCUUCGAAAACAUUUGCCCAAAGCGAGAUUUGAUCUCAGUGAACAUGAAAUAAAACACAUUGCAAGUUUGGAAUAUAAGACACUUGGCUUUCCAUAUAUCUGUCAGUUGUUUGCAGACGGUUGUUUGUCAAAGGAUCAAGCUGUGGUCUUUUUCACGGAGCCGUGGACAUAUCUGCAUGACUUGAUAAGCAACAUAUUCACAGCAGAUGAUCCCAACUACAGAGCUGCAGUGCUACUGCUUAUGGUUCUCAAUGAUGGGACACUGAAUUUGAUUCAUCUCCAACAGGCUCGUAAGAAAGGAGGGAAUGUUGAACUUCGGGAAAAGAUAGAAACAGUUGAGGAGAUACUUCCAGAUGUUGGUCAUGCACAUCGUCUAAAUGAAGCUGCAAAAAACGAGAAUCGAACUCUUUUGUUGUCCGAAGGCGACAGGAUGACAUUUAGCCAUCCAACUAUCUACGAUGUUGUCGCGUUUGUUGUAGGGGACAUGCAUCCCGACUUUAUCCUUCAAAACUGCAGUCUCAAAUUUUUAAUUGAAAGGACAAAGGUUUCAGAGGAUUCCAACUCAGAGGAUCCAAGUGGUGGUGAUAUGCACAGCUUCAUGAUACAACUUACACAGGAAGAUGCAGGUGUUGCACUGGUGGGGAGACUAGCAAGGGAGAUCGUUGAUGGGAAUAUUGCUCUUCCAUUGUCACAUCAAUGUUUCACUCUGGAAUAUAUGGCCACAUGUCUCUUUUCAAAACUCUUGAGUCAUGGCAACAUUGAACAAUAUUUGCAUUCUCGAGAUAAAGAUCAUGGAAUGGGAUUCUUGUACUGGUCAUCUUACUCCAGCACUGCUCCUGUAAGCAAACUUUCAUUUGAGCAUACAACAUUUUCUCUUCCUGAAAUCCUUGAAGGUUAUCUUGGUUGUUGCCUGAGCGGAAACGUGUCUUCAUUACUGAUACUCAUUGAAAACUCAAAGGAUAGAUUGCACGAAGUUGCCACCAUUACUGUUGGAGACAUUCUUGGUAUCACACAAGAAACAAGACCGUUAGUUCGAACCUUAUCAACAGCAUGCAGCCCGACCAAAACAGAAGUGCCACCUGAAAUUGAAACACCUCGAUCGCAUGGGGACAACAAAGAUAUGUUGAUUCAUAUUGCAGCUGCAAAUGGCUUCACUGGAGUUGUAGAACUACUCCUUGAUAGCGUGGAAACACCCAUAGACAUCAAAGGAGGAAAUGGCAUGACUGCGCUUAUGUAUUCAAGCUACCUCGGGCACAAAGAGUUAACUGAACUACUAAUCAACAGAGGGGCAGAUCCAGAAUUGUUAGAUGAAGAGGGUGACAACUGCCUUCACCUUACAUGUCGAGGAGGAUCUGUUGACAUAGCUAAAUCCCUAAUUGCAGAAAACAUGGAUAUCAACAAACAUGGUGAACAUGGACGUACUCCACUAAUGUAUGCCUCAUAUAAUGGGCAUGAACAUAUUGUGAAACUCUUAUUGGGGAAAGGAGCAUUGCCAACUCAUGAUGUAUCAUCUAUUGACCAAAAAGACAACAGCCUCCAUCUUGCAUGUAAGAAGGGCGAAAUAAGAAUUGUGCAGAUUUUUCUUGAUCAAGCCAAAGUAGACAUUGAAUCGAGGGGUGAGCGAGCCCGAACCCCACUGAUGUAUGCUUGCAGACAUGGACAGUUAGAAACUGCCAAGGAACUAGUAGCUAGACAUGCAAAAGCCAAUGUCCUGGAUGAAACAGGCUUUUCUUGCUUACAUCUUGCAGCCAUGAAAGGGCAUGUACCCACCGCUGAAUGGCUCAUCUCCUCAGAUCAAGGAAUCGUUGUUGACUGCACUAACGACACAGGGAGAACACCCUUGAUGUAUGCAAUAAGGAAUGGCCAUGUUGACAUGGUACAUUUUCUUAUUGCACAGGGUUCUGACAUAUCGGUAAAAGAUGAUUCAAUGGUCUCUUCUCUGCAUAUGGCUGUACAAUCUGGGAGGUGGCCUUUGAUGAAACUCUGCCUGGAUGAAGGUCAAGAUGUUAACGCAUGUUCAAAAAGUUACCAAACCCCAGCCAUGCGUGCUUGCAGACUAGGAGAUUUGAACCUUUUGAAACGUUUGGUGGAGAAAGGAGCCAAUGUCAAUUUGGGGAAUGGUUGUCUUUAUGCUGCUUGCAUUGACGGUAGCCUUGAAAUAGUUGAGUAUCUUUUAUCAACUUUUCCUAGUAUAGACAUCAACAAAUGUGGCCCCCAAAACAGGUCCGCAGUUAUGACAGCAAGCUUUUAUGGUCACACUGAUGUUGUAGAGUAUUUGCAGUCAAAAGGUGCAGAUAUCACACGCAGAGAUCAGUAUGGACAGACAUGUCUUCAUGUGGCAUGUCGCAGUGGUCAUAUAAAAACAGCAGAGCGGUUGCUGCAGACAUUUCCUAUUGAUGAAAAGGAGAGCAAUGGCAUGACGCCGUUUAUGUAUGCCGUCAAAGAAAAUUACUUUGAUAUGGCUCACUUCCUUGUUGAACAUGGUGCAGACAUAAAUGUUCAAAACAAUCGUGGCCAAACAUCUCUCCAUACUUUAGCAUGGUUUGGUAAUGCAGUUGGAUGUGCCAAACUACUUGAUUUGGGUAUGCACGUUGAUAUCCUUGAUUCUACCAACAGAACCCCCUCUCAUGUGUGUAUUAAAGAACUGGGAUGAUCGAAGUGAGGUUAUCAACAUUCUUCUUGAACGAGGCGCAGACAUCAACGUAAGAGAUCCAAACGGCAACACAUGCCUGCACAUUGCUGCGGCAUCUGGCGGUCCCAUUGCCAAAGAUAUCAGCGUAGAGAAA